AUGCCAGAGGAGGAAGAACGAGAGAAACUGGCCAAAGUCAUCAGACAGUGGAACAACAACAGACUGGACCUGUUUGAAAUCAGCCAACCUGAUGAGAACCUGGAGUUUCACGGCGUGAUGCGCUUCUACUUCGAGGAUCAUGUCGGAGGCAACGUUGCCACAAAGUGUCUGCGCGUUUGCAGCAACUCGCCAACUCAUGAGGUCAUUGAAACUCUCUCAGAGAAAUUCAGGCCUGACAUGAAAAUGCUGACGACUAGUUACUCCCUGUAUGAGAUCCACACCAACAAAGAACGCAAAUUACAUCCAGAUGAGAAGCCUUUAGUGGUACAACUAAACUGGAACUCGGACAACAGAGAGGGACGUUUUGUGCUGAAGAAAGACAAGGACAGUUUGGAGGAAAACUGUCAUGAGAAACAGAAAGGAGGCGUGAUCCAAAACUUUAAGAGGACGCUGUCAAGAAAAGGAAAGAAGAAAGAGAAAACUAACGGGGCUGACAAGGUGUCAGAGGAUGAGAGCGGGUCAGCUGAGAAUCUACUGAACAACAACAGCAUUUGUUUGUGUAGCCCUGAGACACAACAACAUUGCACAGAAUGUAAAAGGCAGCAGAAGCAGGCUGCUGUGGAUCAACCUGGAUUACCAGUUGGAAUCAAAUUCUGUGAUCACUCUGAGGAGCCCUUCCUGUCUGCAGUCAUAAAUUACACCAACAGCUCCACGGUUCAUUUCAAGCUCUCACCUGCGUACAUCCUCUAUGCCGCCGGCCGGUUCGCUCUGCGGCGCCAUCGCAGCCGAAGCUCUCCGCCCUCAGGACGCACGCACGGUGUAACCUCCAUCACCAACAAAAUGGUGGCCAUGACAGCGAAGGUCAUCCAGAGGCAGCAGACCAUCGCCGGGGCUCUCGCCUUCUGGAUGGCCAACGCCUCUGAGCUGCUAAACUUCCUCAAGCAUGACAAAGACCUCGGCCCACUGACACAGCAGGGCCAGCUGGACCUGUCCCACCUGGUUCAUAAAGCCUACAGUUACCUGCUUCAGUGUCUACAGAAUGAGCUGAGGAAACAUUUGCCAACUUUUCUGAUCGAUCCUGAGCAACACGGUCCGCUGCCAGCUGGUAUAGAGAUGGUGCUAAACACCCUGAUGAACGCCAUGUCUCUGCUGCGCCGCUGUCGGGUCAACCCAGCCCUCACCAUCCAGCUCUUCUCCCAGCUCUUCCAUUUCAUCAGCGCCUGGCUCUUCAACCAGCUCAUGAGCCCGGAGGCCAGCGCUCCAGGCCUGCGCUCCCACUACUGGGGGGCUGCUCUCCGCCAGAGGCUCACCACCAUCGAAGCCUGGGCAGAGCGGCAAGGUCUGGAGCUGGCUGCCGACUGCCACUUGGGACACAUCAUCCAGGCAACCACGCUCCUGACCAUGAAUAAGUACUCAACGCAGGACGCGAAGGACAUCCAGAGUACCUGUUUCAAGUUGAACUCACUGCAGCUGCAGACGUUGCUCGCCGGCUACCUCUAUGCAACCAAUGAGCCUCACAUCCCCCCUGAUUUGAUCGAUGCCGUAGUGGCUGCUGCCGAGGCCUCGGCAGAUAACCUGAUUCGCAGCGAAGGACGGGACAUCCAGCUGGAGGAGAGCCUCGACCUCCACCUGCCCUUCCUGCUGCCGGAGGGAGGAUACUCCUGUGACACCGUCAGAGGAAUCCCUCAAGGGUUUGCAGAGUUUAUGGAGCCAAUUUGCCAGAAAGGUCUCUGCUCUUUGACAUCCCAGCUGAACCCUAAAGGUGACUGGAUGGUGCACUUCAGUGAAUCUGCAGCUUCUGAAGAGAGAACGUACUUGGCAGCACACAGACAGCCAGAGGUUGUGACCAUCACACUGAACAAGCCUCUGAACAGUGGGAUGGGGGUCAGCAUUGUGGCUGCAAAGGGAGCAGGCCAGGCUAACCUUGGCAUCUAUGUUAAAUCUAUUGUGAGGGGCGGACCGGCUGAAAUGAACGGCAGGUUGACGGCUGGAGAUCAGCUGCUCAGCGUGGACGGUCGAAGCCUGGUCGGACUCAGCCAAGAAAGGGCAGCAGCGAUCAUGAUGCAAACCGGCCCCGUUGUGACCUUGCAGGUUGCCAAGUUCGGAGCGAGCUACCACGGCCUGGGGGCUCUGCUGAGUGAACCAACUCCAGAAAGAACCACUGGCGAUCAAGGCCACGCUAAGCCAAACGGUAAGGCGCUUGUGCUGUACGGUGUCAUGGAUCCUGGACACUCAGAGCAGCUUCACGGAGGCAGCAGAAGGCAGAAAGACCUGAUAAUGCAGAGAAACAGACAACUGUAUCGCUCCAACCCCAACAUGGCCGCAGACAUCGGCCUGGAGGAUGAAGAUGAACCUGCUGACCCUGUUGUUAGAAGAAACCACAACGCUUCUGUUUCCAGCAUCAACCUCUGCACUGAUACACUUCACAGGGAAUACUUGACACUUCCGACCCCUAAAUCCCAGAACAAGAAUGUUUCUGAAUCCAGCCGACCGCAGCAAACAUUUAAAGUGUCUUUGAGACCUUUGGAUGGACAGAGAUCCAGUAAGAGGACCUUCAUGGUAAGUCCUAAUGUCUCUCGCCAAGCCCUGUCGCAGGAGAACUUGUGUAUGGACAGUGGAGGCCCCCUGCUGGACAAAAGGCAGAACACGUGGGUGCAGAAGGACCAGGGUGCAAAGCAAACCGCCAGCCACUAUUCAUCUUUCCCGAUUCGCUCGAGCGUUUCCACCCACGACAUCCUCUCUGACAGCAGCUCUCCCACAAAACAGCAGCAGGGCAGUCGCACAAGUGGCGCCGGUGUCUGGAGAACCCCCUUCUCACAGCACUCCACACCGACACCUUCAGUCCAGCCGAUACGCAUCGACAUCCCCAUAACCAGAGCAGUGAGCACGCAGUCACAUCCUCCACUCACCACCUUCCAGAAGAUGAGCCAAACUCUGAAAGUCAAUGGACAGACACAGAGUCCUCAUAUAUAUGCGUGUCCAGUUCCUGCGAUUAAGAAGCUACCUCAGCCCUCGCUGUCAUCACAGCAGCAGAGAGGAAGCACACAAAGACCACAAGCAGCCAAACCCCAAGUGAGCAUCACUCCUACAAAGCACGUCUCCUUCCAAGAGCCUCCCUGUCAGCAGAAGAAGAGCUCAGGCCCAGUGAAGCAGAAAGACCCCCGGGAGCUGCCCGACCCGUGGAGGAGGGAGGCCCAGGAGAAGCUGGAGAAGCAGCAGAGGCUUCAGGUGGUGGAGCUGCUGGAGCAGGAGGUGCAGGAGCUCCAGGCCAAAGCAGAGCGCACGGCGGAGGAGAGCGACCGACUCCGGAAGCUCAGCCUGGAGUGGCAGUUUCAGAAGAGGCUGCAGGAGGUUCAGCAGAGGGGAGAGGAUGAAGAGGAGGAGGAUGAAGAUUUGAACAUGAUGGUGACGCUGCAGCAGCUGGAGAAAAGAGCUCAGAUCAAAAGCCAAGUGGACCAAGUCGGGAUGUUCCCAACGUGGCAUCAAGAGAUAUUUCUGUUGUGUGUUUGCAGUAAUCAGCGGGAGGAAAUCAGGAGAGUGUCUGCUCCGGAAAAGCUCACCUUCAAGGAGCGGCAGCAUCUCUUUUCUCUGGCGUCCAGUGCGUAAAACAAGCCUAAAACC